UUCUUUGACCAAUGCCUGAUUUUGGUUCACACUUUCCCAAUUCUAUUUUAUUCUUAUUUUACUCUGCAUCUGUUAUCUGUAAAUAGGUUCAACCUUUUUUUUUUUUUUUUUUUGGUGAGUAUGAGGUAUGGAAGAAAGGAGAAAAGUGAGGAGAGAGAGAAGAAAGGAAAGGAGAAAGGAUGUAAAGAAGGAGGAAAUACCCCAGAUUUUGCUCAUUAAUGGAGCAGAGAACGAAAUAGCUGACCCAAUGUCUUUUACAGUCUCUUUACCACAAAUGAUAUUUUGACAUUUAUCAGUCCAUCAGAAAGGCAUAAAAGCAGAGACAAGAUCAUGGAGUUUUAUUUUCCCUUAAAAGGAAUAAAUAAUGGGAACACACAAAAAAGCUGGAAGUUGGUCUUAUUUAGAGACUAAAACAAAAAAUAUACAACACCAUAGUAUAUUUCUUGUUUAUGUAACUCUACCCAGGUAGGUAUGUGGCUUGAAAAGUAGCACUGAUCCUUCCUGUAAGGGCUUUUCCAUGCAUUACCUCCUUAGAUCCUAACAAACACCUGGUGAAGUAGGUCACAGGGGUAUUAUCUCAACUGAGGAAUUGAAGCUUAAUUUACCCCAAACCAUAAAAUGAAGAUUUACUACAGUGUUAUAAUGGAUAAGAGAGGAGGCUGCAGGUAUCAGCCUUAGCUUGAAUUUCUAGUUUUACUGUUAAUUAUUUAUGAGGUUUUGAGCAUGUCACUCAACCUGUUUCCUCAUGUGUAACAUGAGAAUAAUGAGUCCUCUUGCACGUCUUCUUUUCCCUCCUCCUAAUGUUCUAUAUAUUUUGCAUGAGGUCUCUAGAAGUAGAGCUUGGCCAGACCUAAUGCAAGCCUUGUCUUGAUCUUUCUCCUGGGAUUUCGGUCUCCAACUCAAAGUCUCCUCUCACCCUCCAGGGCAGGGAAUACCACCUGGUCCCUUUGUGAGCUGCCAAUGUUCCAGCUGACAGCCACCCCAGCAAGCGCCCUUGCAGAUGAGCCAGUGCAUAUCCAAGUGACAGGCCUGUCCCCGUUGCAGUUGGUGACCCUAACGGCGUCUCUGAAGGAUGAGAAGGGGAAUGUGUACCAGUCCAAAGCCUUCUACAAGGCGAACGAGGUUGGUGAGCUGGACCUAAUGCGGGCUCCUGCAUGUGGAGGCGACUACGUGGGGGUCCACCCGAUGGGCCUCUUCUGGUCUCUGAAGCCCCAGAAGGGUUUCAGGAGGCUGCUUAAGAAGGAUGUGAUGAACAGCCCCUUUUGGGUCACUCUGAACCUAUAUGACUCAGUUUGUUUCCAAGAUUUGAUCAUAGGUGAGCCCAUGGCCAGCCAGGUGGUCCAGCGCUGGUUCUCAGCCCCUGGGGUACAGCGUGUGCAGAUCCGAGAAGGUCGGGUGCGAGGAGCCCUUUUCCUGCCUCCAGGGGAAGGUCCUUUCCCAGGAGUCAUUGAUUUGUUUGGGGGCGGAGGGGGUCUGAUUGAGUUUCGGGCCAGUCUUUUGGCUGCGCAUGGCUUUGCAGUGCUGGCCUUAGCCUACUUUGCCUACGAAGAUCUGCCCAAUUUACUGCAGGAGAUCGACCUGGAAUAUUUUGAGGAAGCUGCUAACUUGCUACUAGCUCAUCCCAAGGUCCGAAUGCCAGGAAUCGGAGUGAUCUCUGUGAGCAAAGGUGCAGAGAUCGGGCUGGCCAUGGCCUGCUUCCUGAAGCAGGUGGUAGCCACCAUCUGCAUCAAUGGGCCCAAUGCCAUCUAUGAAUUUCCGCUCAGGUACAAAGAUCUGGUUAUAACACCCAUCCCCUCGUUUAUGGAGCGCAUGCAGUAUGACAUCUCAGGGUCUCUGCGCCUCCGCCACUACAGGGGGGACCCCCAGGAUGAACUGAGUCAGCAGAGCGUGCUUCCUAUUGAAAAGGCCCAGGGUCCGAUCCUCUUCGUGGUUGGAGAGAAUGAUGAAUGCUUGAAUAGCAGGAAGUAUGCUGAGCAGGCCCUGCACCAGCUCUGGAGCCACGGGAGAAACAAUGGAAGGAUGCUGUUGUACCCUGGGGCGGGCCAUCUCAUUGAGCCGCCCUAUGCACCCCUGUGUUAUGCCUGCCCAAACAAGAACUAUUCUUGCUUCCUGCUCUGGGGAGGGGACCCUGUUGCCCACGCUGCAGCCCAGGAGCACUCCUGGGGAGAGAUCCUGAAAUUCCUCAGGCAACACCUUAUUCAAAGUAGGAAACUCUGAGCCAGGGCUCAGUGUGAUGAUGAAGUGGGGAGACAAAAAAUGAGAAUAAGGCAAGCAUGUGAUGGGAAGAGGGGGUUCUUCUGGCUUCUCUAGAUUCACAGUUAUCUUGAAUCAGUUGGAAGGAGACAGGGCAAAAAUCAAGGGCCAAGGGCACAGGUUCAAUAUCUGACAAAUUUGUAUGUGAUUUGAAUUUUUUGUAAACUGAAUCUUAGUUUAUAUGCACCAGGGUACAUUGCUAUCUCAAAAUUGUGAUACCUUUGCAAAUUGAAUAAUCUUUUGUUUCCCAGGUAGGGAUCCCUUGGACCCAGGUAUUGCCAAUCUAGAUGAAUACUCUGGAACUUCCAAGUUACUUGUGGAAAAACAAGUAACUUCUGUUUAAAACUGAGUUUCUGACAUUUGAUAUGAAAAGUUCUAAGGCCACCAUCAAACAUAAUGCUCGUUAUAGAUUUCUGAUAGAUGCUUUAUUUUUUUCUCAGAAUAGUGAUGUUUCUUUUUAUCCCUAAAAUAUAUUUCUUUUAAUAAUUUAAUCAGGAAUGGGAUUGAAUUUAAUCACGUGCCUUUAUAGCAUUUAUUGAAAUUAGUUAUUGAAGUUAGUUAAUAUAGUUAAAGCAAUUAUA